AUGGGAGAGAGCAACAAUCAAACAACGCAUUUUGUUUUAAUCCAUGGUUCAGCUUCAGGAGCUUGGGCAUGGUACAAGGUGCAGACACUGCUAGAGGAAGCUGGGCACUCUGUAAAAGCUCUUGACAUGAGUGCUUCAGUGGUGAACACAAAAACACUUGAAGAAGUCGUUACUUUUGAUCAGUAUAACGAGCCCUUGAUUGAGUUCAUGGCGAACUUACCUGAAAAUGAAAAGGUUGUAUUGGUGGGGCAUAGUUUAGGUGGCUUCAAUCUGUCUUUUGCUAUGGAGAAGUUCCCAGAGAAAAUUUCUCUUGCUAUUUUUGUUACAGCAUUCUUGCCUGAUAUGGUGCACCCGCCAUCGUAUAUGCUAGAGAAGUUGAUGGAAAUCAGUCCGGCCGUUAAAGACGGGUGGCAAGGUGUAGUGUCCUCGACCGGCGGAUACGAGGCAUUCAUGAAGGCCACGGCCUUUAGCCUUGCCUCCACUGAGGAUCUCACUCUCCAAACGCUUUUAAGGAGACCGGGAUCAUUGUUUCUGGAAAGUCUCUCCAAGGCAAAUAAGUUCACCAAUGAGAGAUUUGGAUCGGUUCUGCGAGAUUAUGUUGUUUGUACUGAAGAUUUAUUGGUGAUUCCACCAUUUCAGCGCUUCAUGAUUGAACACAAUGAGGUUAAGGAAGUGAUGGAGAUUCCAGGGGAUCACAUGGCAAUUGUUUCUAGGCCUAAAGAACUGACCCAAUGUAUACUGGAGUUGGCACGUAAACAUGCCUAG